AUGCGAUUAAUGUUGCAAAUACCACAUGCCAGGAAGAUGAAUUCGCAUUUUAGGAAAACGCUGAAUCAUCAUGCAGAAGUGGAAGAAUGCCUGGUGCUUGAGGAGAAUGCUCUGUGCCCUGGAGUCCAUGAGUUAAACCCGAAGUUGGGUUUAGUAUUCAAAAUGCAUCACCACCAUCGCCUUGCUACCGGAAUACUUGUUAGUGACCAAAUGAUCGGGCUUUUUGUCACCUCAAAGGCGACACCGGAGGCAAUACAGCAGGAAAGAGGAUGA